AUGAUCCUGAUCCCCCUUCUGAUCCUUGGCCAAGGAUUACCUGCUGUGAAUGGUUACACCUCUAAGGAUCUGCUCACUUGGAUGCAGUCGAGUAACUUUGGCUACCAAGUGCUGCAGCAGGCUCUAAAUGACAACCAAUCUUCGACGGCAGAGGAGGCAUCCUGUUUGACCCAGGUUCGCCUGCUUCUCAAAGGAGCCGAGAACAAAUCCUUGCCAGCUCUUCGAGUUUUUGAUGCCUGGGGAAAGUUCCCACAGGGUUUGCUUUAUGGCCACUUUGCGGACAUGGGCAACUACGAAUCCUGCCUGAGUUUGGACUUGAAUAAAAGUUUGGGAAAUGGUAUUACCAUUACUGCUGGUGCCAAGUACUGUUUGAGCCACAUGCAAUUUGAGAGUUUGCUCCUGGAAGCCGCCGGUGCAGAUGCCCUCACUUUAAGCAUUGGAACUUGUAUUCCCGCAACCUGCUCGGCUGAACAACUCAACCGUUGGCUACAAGGACAUCUUCAGGAAAUGUUUGGCCAGAAUCCGACCGAAGCUCUUCUGGUGCAGGAACAGGAUUGCGCUUUGGCCCACAGAGAACCCUUGGGUGGACUAGACUGGUUUGCGAUAUGUGUUCUUAUCCUGUUAUGUGCUGUAGUUCUGUUGGCCACUAUUUUGGACUACAAUGAAGUUUCUGUAAACUAUCUAUGCACCUUCUCGCUAGUAAAAAGCUUACCCCAGUUGCUCAAAACCACCAAUUCUCCCUCGCCACGUGUGAUUCCCUGUUUGAAUGGAAUUCGCUGCCUGACCAUCAUCUGGAUUAUUCUUGGCCAUGGCUAUAUGUUCCUGCUGUUGGCCCCCAACAUUAAUGCCUAUGAUAUUGUGGCCUGGGCUCAGACGCCUUUUUCCAUGGUUAUGCAAAGUGGAUCGACCUCAGUGGAUACAUUCUUUCUACUCAGCGGUCUGCUUUUGGUUUUAACCUCCCUUCGAGAGCUCGAUCGCACCAAAGGUCGCCUUAAUGUGCCACUGAUGUACCUGCAUCGCCUGGUGCGCUUGACCCCCGUUUUGUUCCUGGCAAUCCUUAUAUUCAUGACAAUUUUCAAGCGAUUGGACAGCGGUCCUUUGUGGAAUCAGUUCACCGGCUCAACGGAACUGUGUAAAGAUUCCUGGUGGGCAACUCUGCUCUACGUUCAGAAUUAUGCCGCUCCUGGCAGGAUGUGCUUGGGCCAUACUUGGUAUCUGGCCGUCGACAUGCAACUGUAUAUUAUCUCGCCACUUCUGCUGAUUGCCCUCUACAAAUGGGGCAAAAUGGCUGUGGGCGGCAUUGUCCUUUUGAUCUGUUUGCUGUUCGGCUGUGUUUUCAGUAUAGUUAUGCUGAACAAUCUGCAGGUCUUCGAUCGUCAUGGAAACCUUGGUGGUGAUAGCACCGAAAUGCGGAUGAUCUACUACCCAACUCACGCCAGAGCAACUCCUUGGUUGAUUGGACUGCUUUUUGGUUACUUUUUGCAUCAUCAGGGAGGAAGAAAGACCCGUCUGCCCAAGUUGGUGGCUUUGUUGCUGUGGAUUCUGAGUCUUUCCCUGUUUGCCACAGUGAUCUUCGCUGUGUAUCCUUUCACUCAGGAAGGAGUGGAGCCCAUUACCCCACUGGCUGGCGCUUUCUAUUUGUGCUGCAGUCGCAUCGCCUGGCCUUUGGCCUUGUGCUGGAUUAUUUGGGCUUGUCAGAAUGGUUUGGCUCCCAUUAUAAACGAUCUACUUAGUUGGUCCUUCUGGCAGCCAAUUUCCAAGUUGUCCUACUGCCUCUACAUAUGGCAUUUACUGGUGGAAACGGUUCACAUUGGGCGCACCAAGACAAGUCUCCAUUUUUCGGAUUACGAUGCUAUUCUCCGCUUUUGGUCAGACUUUGGCAUUACCAUUAUGGUAUCCUUGUUUAUGCAUCUUUUCGUUGAGGUUCCUUUUGGUCGACUUGAAAUGGAGUUACUGAAAAAACGCCAAAUGGUAGUUCCAAAUACUCAAACUUCUGCUGUGGAAACAUCGACUGAACCCACCGAAUCGAUUCCGGCCACCAGCAUUUCCAAACAGAAUUUAGUUGUUCCCUAA